CCUUAUGCAUAUUUAUGAAGAUCUGCUUAAAAUUCCAAGCGAACUGAACGUGUAAUUCGCAAACUAACUUCAGCAGAGGUGAGAUCGAAAGCAGCUUGGUUCGAUAGCAGAGACGCUAUGAAUGCACUGAUUCUGUGAGCUCUGUAAUAUACUUUUAAAGGCGUGAUCUUGGCAGAGUCACAUCUAAAUAAUGGAAGGAUUCAAUGUUUCCCAAUAUGUCAACAGCAGCCCCUAUACCGACAACGAAUCUCUGAGCAAAUGGGACAAUUACACAUUCUCCUCAUACUACCAGCACUCUUUCCCAAUGGCAACCAUAUUCGUCUUAGCUUACAUCUUCAUAUUCUUGCUAUGCAUGAUUGGAAAUAUUCUCGUCUGCUUUAUCGUGCUGAAGAACAAGCAGAUGAAGACUGUCACAAACAUGUUUAUCCUGAACCUGGCGAUCAGUGACCUGCUUGUGGGGCUUUUCUGCAUGCCGACGACCCUCGUGGACAACUUGAUUACAGGUUGGCCUUUUAAUGAUGCCAUGUGUAAAAUGAGUGGACUCAUCCAAGGAGUGUCUGUUUCAGCUUCAGUUUUCACAUUGGUAGCAAUCGCUGUGGAAAGGUUUCGCUGUAUUGUCUACCCAUUCCGCCAGAAACUCUCCAUAAAGAAAGCCGUUGUCACCAUUGCAGUGAUCUGGGGGCUUGCAGUGAUCAUCAUGUGCCCCUCCGUUGUUACGUUGACAGUCUCAAGAGAUAAAUACCAUUUUAUGGUUGACAGUUACAAAACCAUGUACCCUCUCUACACAUGCUGGGAGGCCUGGCCUGACCAGGAGAUGCGCAAAAUCUACACCACAGUGCUGUUUUCCCACAUCUAUCUGGGACCCCUGACCCUGAUAGUUAUCAUGUACGCCCGGAUCGCCAUCAAGCUCUACAAGUCCUCUGCUCCCAUCCGGGAUGCUCACUCCGAAGAUCAGGAUGGCCGGAGGAUUUCCAAAAAGACGAUUAAAGUCAUCAAGAUGCUGCUCAUUGUGGCUUUGCUUUUCAUGUUGUCCUGGCUGCCGCUGUGGACUCUGAUGCUGCUGUCCGACUAUGGCAAUCUGACAUCCAGCCAGCUCAACCUCAUAACUGUGUACUUAUUCCCCUUUGCACACUGGCUUGCUUUCUUCAACAGUAGCGUCAACCCUAUUAUCUACGGUUAUUUCAAUGAAAAUUUCAAAAGAGGGUUCCAGGCUGCUAUUAAGUUCCAGCUCUGCUUGACGGAAAUGGAGCCUCAAGAGAUGCAUGAAAGAAGAGACAGAGCCGACACACGCAACAGGAGCUUUGUCAAGGUUCAGACCAGCACUUCCAAAGGUCAACAGGAUGGCAUCCGUACAGGUCUGAUUGGUCGUAGGCAUGGAAGGGUAACUCACCUUGGGAUUGUGGUGGAGGACUUAGAUAAAGGCUGUUCACACAACAGUGGCAGUGUUUCUGCAUGGGAUAUUUAAUCAAGAUUCACGUGUUGGAUCAAGGAACAGAUAACUGGAUUGUUCCAAAAAUAUUUAAAGACAGAGUUUAGGGAUACUACAGAUUAUUUAUUCAUGCAAGAAAUCCGAAACAAUUCGAUAAAUUGAGCAUAAAUGCUAUGUGACACACGUGAUGGAAUUUAAUUAAAACAAAGUUUGCUUUUACAAAAUUAGAUAUUUCAUGUUUUGUCCCAAAACAGAUCUAUCUCUGUAGCUUUAAAAUAAGUUAAGUUACGUUUAUGAUACCCCCCAACAAAAUGUAAAAAUCAACAAGCAGACAUAAUAAUUAUUUAAA